AUGCAGCACGAAGAGAGAAUUUCCACCAACCCACAACCCCCAGUAUUGAUUCCGACUUCCGAAAAUUCUCCACCCCAGUUUGUGGACGACAUCAUCGUUGACCCGCCCAACAUGUCAGACCACGAGACGACAGAGCGGCAAACCUCAACUGCUGACCCCGUUGCUUCGACGGCUUCAUCGACCGUCGCUGAUAAUUCGGUCACGACAACGCCUGCUACAAAAGACGACGUCACCCCUCCUGCUGAAGAAGCAGUAGCAAAAGUUGACACAGUCAAAGGCUCGCCGACAACGGCAACGACAAAAGGUGACAAGAAAAAGGCAGCGUGCAAGAAACACAAACGCAAACUAGCCAAGAAGCAAGAUCAGGGAAAGAAGAACAAGAAGAACAAGAAGAAGCCAUCCAAGGAUGAGUCAUCGUCCAGUUCAGACACUGCGUCUGACUCUGAUUCCUCAACUUCAUCUAGCUCGGAGGAAUCCGAUUCUCCUGAUGAGACCUCAGAACUUAGUGAAAGCGACAGCGAGUCCGAGAAGCAGAAACGGAGGCGCAGAAAAGCAAAAAACGCUAAGAAGGCCAGGAGAAAGAGGCGCAGUCAUCGGGACGAGGAGUCUUCUGACUCUGACUCCGACAGUACUAGUGAUGAAGAUGCCAUUGCCGACCAAAAGGCCCUGAAGCGGUUGAGAAGACGCAAAGCGAAGAAGAUGGCUAGGAAGUUGCAAUCUGACUCGGAGGAAGAUGAUAGUACAUCUGAAUCGGACCGGAUUGAAAUUCGAAAGCGGGUAUCUGGUUUGCGUUUGAAGCAGGCAGCAUCGCGCCGUCGGCUCAAGAUGAAGGAGAAGGCAUCAGGCAAAAAGGCAAAAGGCAAGAGGGCCUCCAAGGUUGCCUUUAAACGUGUGGAUGAACUCUGGGAUAGCACAAUUCAUAAUUACAAGCUCCGAGAGACGAUGGACGACCCCGAUGCAGACGAGUUCAACCAGUACGUCUUUACGGUGCGCCGCAAAUUUGACUGGGAGAACAAGUACAUGGAAACCGUGGUGGACAUCAAAAGCAACUUUUUAAAAGAGGCUCUUUCCACCGUCAUGGAUGGUGUCAAAUCCGUUAGCCUGGUGGCCGACACCCCCGUUGUGGAUCCAAAUAUGCUCUUUUUGUACUUGGAGGAAGCUCGAACCCACAUGAAGGAGCUGAAGAAGCUCGCCAAAACGGAGAAGAAGAAGAAGCCUCGCAAGUUGGCUGCCAGCAAAGCUGCGCAUCUCAAGGUUCUCAUCAAGUACUUGGACAAUGACUACGCGGAGACCAAGAAGACCCUGUACCCAUUGCUGGAGUCGAAUAUGAUCACGUUUGACCUUCUCUGGGCUCUGUUCAAGCCUAAUACUAUCGCAUACACGCCUACCUACGGCCAUGCGGAUGAGCCUCGGGCUUUCAAGAUUGAAUACGCUACUAAAGAGUCAUCAUUCAUGAAGGGAACCUGGUAUGUCAUUGAGGGAAAGUACCUCGAAUACGAUGGCAAGACAUUCGGUAUGGGCAACAUGGCCGCCGAUGUAGAAUCUUUCAAGGGGGUCCGCAAAAUUACCAACCUUGCCUGCUAUCCGUUGAAAUAUCACCGAGAAGCCGACAAUCUCAAAGCCAAACUCGUUGAACGGGGCAAAAAGUUUGUUUCUCUGCAUGGCAUGAACUACCGCUUCCACAAAGGGAUGGCUUUCUUCAAGAAAAAGCGCUCUGUCAUCAAGGUCAACAUCAACGGACGAGUCAUGAUUGAUCCUGCCCUACACCGCCGGAUCAACCCCAACUAUCCCAUUAGCACAGUCAAGGCCAAAGAUCCAGACCUGCUCGACUCUGACUCUGAAGGGGAUAGUGAUGACUGCUGCUGCUGUGCAUCAUCCUCGGAUGAGGGCCACGGGGACGCGGACGACAACGACUCGGGGCCUUCUCGCCCUAGGUACAAGUUGAUUCGAGAUAAGAAGGGGGAAGCGCAACUGGUGGAGGUAGAGUAUGACGAAAAUGGCGAGGAGGUACCCCCGAAAGAAGACCUGGACAAGAUUGACAAUGAAGGCAAGAAAGAAGAUUCGGGCCCGGAUUUCACAGAAGAAGAGCUUCUCAUUGCAAGCCCCGUUGUAUUGGGGUUUGCUUUCAGCGAAAAGCUCUGGCUUGAGUUCAGUGUCUCGGGUGUCAAGGACAUUGAAUGGAACGAAGGCGCGUUUGACUCUCUUGUGUUGCCAGACAACCAGAAAUCAAUUGUCAAGGCUCUAGUCGAAUCGCACAGUUUCCAUGCCGCCGAGAACAUUGAUGAUGUUAUUCAAGGCAAAGGAAAAGGCUUGGUUGCAGUGCUGCAUGGCCCUCCAGGUACCGGCAAGACUUUGACAGCCGAAGGGAUCGCCGAGCUCCUCAAACGACCUCUAUACAUGGUCAGUGCUGGUGAAUUGGGUACAGAUUCGCGCAGCCUCGAGGGUGAACUCAACAAGAUCCUGGAUAUUGCACACUCGUGGGGCGCGGUCUUGUUACUUGACGAAGCGGAUGUAUUCCUUGAGAAACGCACAAUCCAAGACAUCCACCGCAAUGCGCUUGUCAGCAUCUUCCUGCGUUUGCUAGAGUAUUUCCAGGGCAUUCUCUUCCUAACGACCAACCGCGUGGAGACAUUCGACGACGCCUUCCAAUCGCGAAUCCACAUUGCCCUACGGUAUGGCGACCUGACGACCAAGGCGAAACGAAGCGUGUGGAAGAUGUUCCUGGAAAAGGUCAAAUCUAUUGAAGGCGUGGAGACGGCCGAGUUUACCGACAAGGAUCUCGACGCUCUGGCUCGUCACAACCUGAACGGACGCCAGGCACCCCUAGCUGUGAAUGAGAAAUCGGCUCUAUCCAUGUCCCACAUCAAGCGUGUUCUCGAGGUCGCCGAGACGUUUGAGCAAGACCUCAAGGGAGGGACUGGAUACAUGGAUGCGAUGCGGAGUUAUACUUAG